AUGUAUGCCGACAAGGCCAACGUGGGGAGGUGCUGCCUCUGCGUGCCCAUCCGGCUCGGCUGCUUCCUCCUGGCAGCGGCGCAGUUCGUCAUGGGCAUCUUCGCGCUGUGCGGCCUCAUUCUGCAGGACCCUCGUUUCGUCUCGGGAGGGUACUCCCACACCACUCUGUUGAUAACGGGCAUCGUGGGGGUCAUCGGGAUUGUCUUUGGCUUCCUGGGCGCGGUGGGCGCCUACGAUAACAACGCCCUCUUCGUCAGGGGCUUCUUCAUCUACUAUGUCAUGGCCAUCGCCGCGCACCUGAUCGUCUUUGUGCUCGACAACAUCACCCUGGCGACGUGCAGCAGCUACGCGUCGAGCGACGCGGCCUACCACCACUACAACGAGACGCUCGACGGCAUCUCGCGCAACGGCCUGUGCACCUGGACGAGGGCGGCGUAUGGCGUGGCCUUCUCGGUGGAAUUUUUGCUGGGGGUGUACUUCGCCCUGGUCCUCAACAGGUUCUGGAUGAUCCUCGACUCCACCCCUGCAUACCUCAUCACCUUCAACGGCUCGGGGGUCAGUCAUAAUGGCACGCCACGCCAAGACAGCAGCGGAGUGUGGUGUGGGUCUGUGUGUGUGUUGUGUGUGCAGGGGUACAUGCCAGGUGCGUGGCACAAGUAUGACAACAUGGCCCGGGAGGCGGCGCCUUUCAUCGCCAGCCACAUGAGGCCCAGCGGAUAGAUAGAUAAGACAGCCACAGACGGCAGAGGGGAGGUACUCAGCAGCAGCACUACCAAGCCCUGCCUGCCUGAGUGGGUAGGUAGAGUAGCUGACGGUCCUCGGUUCACUCUCUCGACCGAAUGGCUGGAUGAAUGGAUGGAUGGAUGGAUGGAUCGCAGGCAGUCAGUGGGUGCAUUGGGUUGCGUGGGCUCGUCUGUGGGUGUACAGUCAGACUCUGCGUGUGCGUGUUGGUGUGG